AUGGCUGGUUCCUCCCCUCGUUCUGGUGACUAUGUGUCGGGACUCCAGUCAUCAUCCGGACUUACGCCAUUGAUGGACCGGCUGCGACUUCUGACGCCAGCUUUGUCUUCGCAUAGCCAGGACGACGAGCACCCCAGCCCAGUUACACCAGUUACGCCCUUGAAAGUCCGGCUGCAGCGUGGGCGUGCUUUGCCUUCGCAGAGCGAGGAGGGCGGCAAGAACAACAACAGCCCAGCAGCAGCCAGCUCCAAACAGGCGCACAACAACAGCCCAGCAGCCAGCUCCAAGCACGUGCACAACAGCCCAGGAGUCAGCUCCAAGCACGCGCACACGCCGCCCACCAAGAAACCUCUCUCGGAGUGCGCCACCCCCCCGCCGGUGCCAAGGAAGCGCAGGCUGACCAAGGAGUCUCUUCAACAGCUGCAGAGCCAUUUGGACGACGCGAAGUUCGACGCCAAGGACCAUCAGGAGGAGCGGAAGACUUACGACGACGGAAUCACAAGUCCAGCCUCUCCGCCA